AUGCGCAGCAAAGUACCAGUAGGCAAGUCCUCACCUCGUCCUCACGUGCAGGUUAAUAAUUACGGGCGAAUUAACUCGCCCGGCGAUGACAUCCGUGUAGCCAUGGCGAAGAACGCGAGCAAGGCGGCAAGUCCUACCGCCGCCUCCGGCGCGAGCUGUGACGGGGACGACGGAGACGAAGCGAACUGCGACGACGUCGAGGAGGAUUGGCCGGAGAACGGCCACGACGACAGCGCUUCAGGCGACGAUGUAGGUCCUGCUGACAUCGAGGAGGAUGACUGGUGGAAUCGGCCGGUCGGGAGCGACGACGAGGUGGAAGAGUGGCAUGCUGGUGAUUCCGACAACGACGGAGGUAAAGAUGCGCAUGGUAACAACGCGGAGGCAGCGGCGGAUGCACAGGAAGCGGCGGUGGAUGCGAAUGAGGAGGCUGACGACGAGGCGGGGGCGGAACUUGAGACAUUUGCGCCUGCGGAUGCGGCCGCAUCCAAGUCAAAGCGGGCCCGCGUGGUGCUCUCUGACGAUGACGGUCCAGGGGAGGAGCGUCGCCCGAUACUCACCGCUACGGAGAAGGGGAAAGCCAAGGUCGCGGAAGCCCCUGCUAAAGCCCCUGCUCGUCGCCGCACAAGCAACAAGAAGCUGACAUCCGACGGAGACCCGGGAUCCAGCAAGGGUGCGGCUAAGAAGAAGGCGAAGAAGGCGCCGAAUCCUGACGACAUCGUCAUGAACGAGCCGCUGGGCAGCGACGAUGAGUACGCGGCGGCGGCGGGCCCGAUCCCCACGUUCCCUGAGAAGGACAACGGGUGGAUGGACGACACCGCUGUGCAGACCUGGCUGUCCAAGGAGGUGCUGCCCCAUCUGAACCCCCAGCGCGGCCAGAACGCAAGGCGGGCGAUGCUGGUGUUGGACUCCUACCGCGGUCACAUCACCCAGACCAUGCUUCAAUCGUACCGCACGCACAGCAUCACCCCUGCAGUCAUCCCAGCGGGUUGUACGAGCCAGAUUCAACCCCUGGACGUCUCCAUCAACCGGUGCUUCAAGGCUGCUGUGCGAGCGCGCUACGCCAGGUGGUUCAUGCGUGAAGGGAUUCACCUGAAGACGAAGAAGGGGAACCUGCGGAGGCCUCCGCACCCCGUGGUGCUGCAGUGGAUCGCGGAGGCUUGGGAUCAAGUCCCCAAGCAGAUCAUCGACGCGUUCCGCCACUGUGGGAUCUCGAGCAAGCUGGACGGAACAGAGAACCACCUGGUGAUGUCUCACCUGCGCACCAGGAGCACCACCGAUGUCUCCGCGGACAUGUCUCUCGGGGGGACCACAGGCGACAACACGCGCCUGCUCGGUCGGGCUCCAGAGGAGGAGGAGGCGAUGCAGGCGGAGGGCGUGCGGGAGGUGGCCGUGGCAACCGGCCUGGAGGUGCUGUACCAGGAGACCCCCAACUACCGCGGAGCGGCGGCCGAGGCUGACCGCAUGAUCGAGCCUAGGGAGACGGCUAGGCAUGCCUGGCGACUGCCAGACCUGGGUGUAGAGCCUGAUGUUAGUGCAGGUGAGGAGGCGGUGACUGAGGGGGGUUAUGUAGAAGUAGAGAUUCAUGACUGUAUGCAUGUACCCCCCUAA